AUGAACGUUUCUGGCAAGACUCUUUAUAAUAAAGUUCGCGGUUUAUGUUCAGAUCUUUCAAGUGGAGUUACACCAGGAAUAUUGGAUAAAAUUUGUGACGAGCCUUUAGUGCAACCGUUUUUAAAAUGGUUUUGCGAGAAUGUAAAUUACGUCAAUGUUCUAUCAAACGAAGAUGUUCAAGUAAAAAAAAGACUACAAGAAAUGAAGGAAUGGAUGGAAGGCUAUGAAUUAGAUGAUGCAUUAGAAGAAGCUACUAAACACUGUCCAAAUUUAUUAAAAAUCAUUUCUUUCGAUGACACAAAUAUAAAUGAUUUAUUUACAGAAUUGGAAAUAGGAGAAUUUAAAGUAAAGCAACUAUUACAUAUGUAUAUAUAUAUUUUUUUUUUUUCUUUACUUAAUUAUAGAAAAUUAGAAGCAAGAUUAGAUGAAGAUGUAGAAAAAGAAGAAACAUUUUUGGACAGAGAAUAUAUCGAAGCAGAUAAAGCAUACAAAGAGUGUUCUGUAAUUUUGAAAAAGUUUGACAUACAUUAUCGUGAAUUUUUUAAAGAAGUUGAAUGUCUUUUAAAUGUUUAUGCAGAUGCAGCUGAAAAUAAAGGAAUACCAAUGUUAUGGACUCAGAUGCCUCUAGAACUUUUUAUUAAAAAGAUAGAACUGUAUAAUUGUUACUUAGAUGUUCAUAUAAACUGGCAAUUUGAAAAUGCACAUAAGGAAGAUCAAACUUCUGAUUCUAAUUAUGUUUCCUUAAUUAAUAAUAGUAAAGAGAAGUGUAUGGAUAAUGAAAAGUUACAGGAACUUAAAUUAUGUAAAACAAACUUAACUAAUGCAAAAAUUGAAGAGAUUUUGGCUAAAGUACAAGAGAAAUCAUAUGUUGCAAUGUUAGAUUAUGUACAAGACAUAUAUAGUUUAGGAAAUUUAAAAAUGCCAGGGUCCUCUGAUUUAAGAACAGAAAUUUCAAAGCUAACUAAACAGAGAGAUUUCCUAGAUGAAAAUGUUUCCUUAUCACAAGAGUUUUACAGAGUUUUAGUACAACAGUUUUCAGAAUUGGAAAUAACUAAAAUUUUAAAAGAAGAGGCUCAUACAAGACUUACACGAACAAAAAAUCAUUUAGAAAAGCUUAAAAACUUGCGAUACCUUGCACGGGAACAUGGUCAUGUGCACACUGAUUUAUUACGUAUGUUAAUGGAGAUGCAAUUUCACCGUCUUAAAGAUGUUUCUGAAUUUGUAGCUGAUGCUUGUCACUUUUUAACAACAGAAUAUUUACUAUCUUCUACCAGACGUGAAAGCAUGCAUCAACAGCAAACCGAGUACUCUGCAAUCAUAACAUCUUCACCAAAAGCACACAAUUCAUUUCAUAAAAUUUUUAUUUCUAUGAUAUGUGGUAAUGAUAGUAUGCGUCAAUUAAAUUCUGCAUUGGAUAAAUAUAAUGAUCUCAUAGGUGAAAAUAAAACCAAGAAACAAUUCGUACUAAAAACAUAUUUAAACUCGAAAAUACACAAAUUGGAGACAUUAAAAAAUGAAGUAAAUUUGCAAUACAUGAACGAAAUUCAGAAAGGACCUACGUAUACAUUUAAACCAAUUUCUUAUGAAAUUGAAACUUGUCACAGUGAAGCAUUGGAUAAUUUACAAAAAAUACAAACAGAUUUAACAAAAAUAAGAUGUCAAAUGAAAGAACGAUUGAAAGCGGAUAUAAGCUUUGAAAGAGAAACAAAUAUUCUUUGGCAACGGUUUUUAGUUGAUCCUGAUGCAUUGAGAGAAACUCAUAAAGAAGUGAAGCAAAUGGCGAAUAAGUCAUGUUUUGGAGAUGCUUUUAAGAAUGAAUGA